AUGUCGGGACAAGCUUCGACUUCUACGGACCCCCCUUCCGCGACAGUACAACCCGGGAGAGGAAAAGUCAAACUCCCAGACAAUUAUACAGGCAACCACAUUGAAUCCCAGAAAUUCAUGCUCCAAUGCCUCCUUCUUUUCGCAGCAGAAUCUGACCGGUACAAGACCGAUCAAGACAAGAUAUCCCUGGUGCUCUCAUGCAUGAGAUAUGGCACGGCAAGAGCUUGGGCUGAGAACUUCCUCCUCAAAUCAGUAGGAGUGGACCCUCCCACUGAUCUAGGUACCUGGAUGAACUUUUUAGCCAAGUUCAAACUCCAAUUCAGGGAGACGGGCAAGACCGACAAAGCGCAAAGUGCACUCAUGGCCUUCUCCCAAGGACAAAUGACGGUUGAUGAAUACUCCAACCAAUUCAUCCUCAUUGCCGCCGAUGCCAACAUCUUUGACAAGGAGCAAGUCCCUUACUUCCAAUAUGGGUUAGACCUGUGCGUCAUGGACAAAAUAUAUGACAAGGAAGUUCAACCAAAGGACACAAUCCAGGACUGGAUCAACACCGCCUGUGAAAUAGAUGGACGGCUUAGAGCCAGAACUGCUCAAAAAGCCAUCCUUGCCAACUCCACCUCCUUCCGCAAUGACUACCUAAACUGUUUUCACACCCAACCCGCCAUCCGCUAUAACUCCACAAAUGCUCCUCGGAAAAUGAAUAACCAGGUGGUUGACAUGGACAUCGACGCUACUAGAAAGUAUAACACCGAAAGUCAAAAGAGAAAGUUUGACGGCAAGCGAACCACCUCUUGUUCUAACUGUGGAAAGCUAGGACACUCCAGUGCUAAUUGCUGGUCGGCCCGAAGAGGUGUUCAACCAGUUUGA